AUGAUCACUUUAGAAAACAUUCGAAUUAUAUUUAAACUAUUUUUGAAUGACAGUUCAAAUGUUGAGAAACUUAAAAUUAUUUUAAAUGAUUGCAUAUCAGAAUCAUCGACAAAUCUUCAAAAAAUAGGUGAUGUUGCAUAUAUUGAUAAUCAUUUUCUUGAUUCAGAAAUGCAUGUAUUAUGUAAAUGUAAUUUUGGUUUUCUUGAAUCUGGUGAUUUUUUUGAAUACUUACAAUUAUUAAAAUUAAAAUUUAAACUAUUAAACAUAAAUUUUGCUAUCGGAAUAGAAAAGUUUUUAAAUAAUUAUACAUCUUUUGAAAUUUGUAAUACAAAUAUUUGUGUACAAAAUUUUGGUUGGGGAACAUAUUAUUAUCCAGAAAUUUUUUAUGAUCAUUAUAAUGUUGACGAGAGAUGGUCUAAUCAGUACAAUGAUUAUAACAUAAAAUUUAAAAAAUUUUUCAAUAUAAAGUAUCAAAAUAUCAAGUUAAUUUAUGCUAAUUUUUAUCAUGAUAUACAUAAACUUAAUGUUUUUUUUUCCAUUCCACCAUGUAAUAAAGAUAGUCAAUUUAAACAAACAGAAAAUACAAUUAGCAAGUUAACUUUAGAUUAUAGAAAUAUAAAUCGUGUUGCAAUAUCAGAUAUAAUUUUAAGUAAAAAAUUAAAAAAUUAUUAUAUUGUAACAUUUAAUUUUUGGUUAUUUAAUCCAAUUAAAAUAGAGACAUAUCAAGAAAUUUCAGAAUCAUUUGAUGAAAAAAUAAAAAAAUAUUGGAAAUGGAAUCAGGUACGAACAUUUUGUGAUGAUGACAAUAUUAUUGAAGUUAUCCAUGAAUCAUCUAUUUUUUAUCUUACAUUAGAAUUGUCUAAAAAUGAGAUGGUAAAUAUAAUUGAAAGAUUUUGUACAUUAAUAAGUAGAAAUUUAGAAUUUGUUUGUUGGAAGAAAAUAAACUUAUCAAUUACAAGUCUAGUUAAAAAACCAUUAGAUGAUAAAAUUUUGAAGAAGAAAUUAUUAAAAAAUGGAUCCUUUGAAUUGUCAUAUUUAAUUGAAACUAUUUUAUCAAUGGGUCUUCUUACUAAAGUAGAUCUUUUAAUUUCUCAAGAAAAAAGAGAUACAUUUAUUGAAAAUGUUUUAUCAUGUUAUCAAGAAAACAAUAAAAUUACUUUAUUAGCUCUUGAAAAUAUUAUUAAAAGAAUUGAAAGAAUGUUUUUUGUUAAGAAUAUUUGUAAAAUGUUUCAAUUAAUUUAUAAAAACGAAUCAGAAAAUGAAUAUUUGGUGGAUGAUUUUAUUGAAGAAGACAUUGACCAGAAUAUUUUUUAUGUUAGAAAAGUUAUUGUAACUCCAACUAGAACUCUAUUUAAAAUUCCUACAGCAAUGAUUGGAAAUAGGGUUAUGAGGCAAUAUGAUCCAACAGGAGAAAAAAUGCUUAAAGUUAUUUUUCGAACUGACAAUUUAAGAUCAACAAAAGAAAUUGGAAGUGAUUGUAUUUUAACAGAAAUUAUUAACAAAUAUCUUGAUAAGGGUAUUAUUGUUGGUGGAUUUAUAUAUAAUUUUCUUGGUGCUUCAAAUUCACAAAUUCGCGAUGGUGGUUGUUAUUUUUUUAGAGGAUCUAAAUAUGAUAUGAUAUCUAUAAGAGAAGGUUUAGGAUCUAUCAAACAAGAGGCUAUUCCAAAAAUGAUGGGACGACUUGGGCAAUGUUUUACACAAUCAUUUUUAGCAAAAAAUGCUAUUAUUGCAAAUGAUAAAUAUGUUAAAGAUAACGAUUAUUUUACCCCUGUAUGGAAAGAUUCAGGUGAAAAAGAAUAUUGUUUUUCUGAUGGUUGUGGAAUGAUAUCUAAUGAGAUGGGUAGAAAAAUAGUAUCAAGUUUUAAAAAUAUAUUUAACCAAUCAAGUACAUGUUAUCAAUUUCGUUUUAGGGGUUACAAAGGUGUUCUUGUAAAAUAUUCUACUCUUGAUAAGGUCAAUCAAAUGGCUAUUGAUAAAAAAAUUUCAAUUAAAAAUAUUGGAAGAAUUAAUAAUGAUAAUUUGUGGACUAAUGACUUUUCUGUUGAUUGUGUUUUUAGAUAUUCACAAUGUAAAUUUAGGGGACUUUUAAAAGACUGCCAACUUGAAAUAGUUAAAUCAUCGAAACCUCAAGAACUUAGUUUAAAUAGACCUUUAAUUAAUGUAUUGGAUCAAGUUUCAAAAUUACAAUCAUAUGAAUGCAACAAAAGAAUAUGUUAUAGAAUUAAUGAAUUAUUUGAAAAACAUAUUUCAUCAAUCAUUUCAAUUUUUUUACAUGAAAAAAAUGCCUAUGAAACAUUAUCAAAUAUGUCUUUAAAAUAUUUUGGUAUUAGAAAGUUAAAUAAUCACAAGUUGAUUUCAUUUCACAAGGAAAUAUUUUUUAAAAAUAUACUUAAAAAUUAUGCAAUAUAUCAAAUUAAAGAUAAUUUAAAAAAGUUAAAAAUAAAAAUUCCAACAAAUCUUGGAAGAUUAAUGUUUGGUGUUAUUGAUGAAACUGGAUCUCUUGAAUAUGGCCAAGUAUUUAUUCAAUACAGUUUAAAUAUAAAUUCUUCCUCCAAGAAAACUAAAAAUAAAGAUGAUAAAAAAGUACAUUUAGGUAAAGUAAUGAUAACAAAAAGUCCAACUAUUGUGGCAGGUGAUGUUAGAAUCUUUGAGGCUGUUGAUGUUAAUUUACUUCAUGAUCUUGUUGAUGUAAUUGUUUUCCCACGUGAUGGUCCAUUUCCACACACAACAGAGAUGGCUGGAAGUGACUUGGAUGGUGAUGAGUAUUCAGUAAUUUUUGAUGAAGAACUUUUUUUUGAAUAUAACAUGAAACCAUUUGACUUUGAUGUUGGUACAUCAACUAAUGAAGUAGUCAAUGGAAUUAAGGAUCACAAAGAUUUUGAUGAUAGAAUGAAAGAAUUUAUGCUUACCUACCUGACAUCUGAUAAUGUUGGAGUUUUAGCAUCAUCUCAUCUUAUUCAAUCAGAUUUUUUUGGUAUAAAUUCAGAAGUUUGUAAGAGAAUUGCCAUUAAACAUAAUAUAGCUAUUGAUUUUCAAAAGACAGGAAAAUUUCCUCAACCUUUAACUAAAGAAUGGGAAAAUGAUAUUCCUCCGGAGGUACCUUCUGUUGUUGCUGAAUUUUUUGAUGGUAAUAUAUCUAAAAUGCCAUCAUAUAAAUCUAGUCGGUUAAUUAGUCAAUUAUACAAUCGUUUAAAUAAAUUAGAAACUCUUUUAGAAUCUUCAGAUUUAUUAUUACAAGAUGAAGAAUAUACUAAAAAUCCUUUAAUUUCAAUUAAUGGUUGGGAAAAAUAUAAUGACUUAGCAAUGAAAUAUUAUAUUAAAUAUUCAACAGCUAUAAUAAAUUUAAUGGAUACAUUUGAAAUACACGAUGAGUCAGAACUUUUUUGUGGUUAUAGAAUAAAUAGUAAUUAUAAUAAUAUUAAUGAUAUCACAAAUAGAUUAAGUUAUCAAAAUAUAAAUUUUUUGAUUCAAAAAAAGUUAACCUUAAUAAUAUAUAAAAUUAAAACUGAAAUACUUGAAACAUUUUGUCCAUUAGAACAUUUUUAUGAUGUUAUUCCUGAUAUAAAUGAUUAUGAAAAUAUAAAAAGAAUUUUAGAGAAUCCAUUAUCAAAUUAUCCUAAAGAAUUAGAAGAAUUUGUUGUUGCUGGAUAUAACAUUUUAUAUGACUCUACUAAAAAAGAUAUUAUAAAAAUAUAUUCUUUUCCAUGGAUUUUUUGGGAUGUUUUAAAGAAAAUUGCAUUUAUUAAUUACUAUAAUAAUUGUAAUAUUAUUUCACUUUCAUAUCCUACAUUUCAUGAUUUAUUAACAAAAUAUAUAAUGGAAUGGUAUUUAUCUAUCAAUGAAAAAGAUAAAGUUUUAAAAAAAUUAGUUACAGAAGAUGAAGAAUUAAAAAUAUGUUUAGAAUAUAUAAAAUGUUAUAAAAAUUUAAAUAUAUUACUUACAUUUUUACUUUCAUGGAGUAAAUUAAAUAAUCUUAACAUAAAAAUUAAAGAAGAUAAAUUAUCAGAUUUAUCUGAAGAAGAAAUAAAAAAUAGUUUUGAUAUUAAUUCUUCAAUUGGUGGUAUUGGUAAACAUUUUUUAAAUAUUUUAUUCAUUUUAAGUUCUUUUAAAUUUAUGAAGUUAGAUCAUAUAUAUGGAUGGGAAAUGGAUAUGGAAUGUGGGUAUUUUUUAUUACAAGAACAUUGUUAUCUCAUUCAUCAAGCUGCAGAAAAAACAAUUAAUAGUUUAGUUUUUUAUCAUGCAUUUGAUAUAUUACCACAAUUUAAAAAUAAAUGUAAUAAUUUACAAGAUUGUAAAAGUUAUCAUUCUAUGUAUGUAUAUCUUCCAAAAAAUAUGAAAUGCCAUGAAUCAUAUAUUUUUGAUAGAGUUAAAAAUAUUUCUGGACUGGAAGCAUUAAAAUAUAGAAAAGAAAACUAUUAUUUUAAUGGAUGUAAAGAAACAACAUUAUGGAUUGUAACACCAGUUGGUACAUAUGAUGCAUAUUUAAAGUUUAAACAAUUUAUUAAAGUAGAUGUUUCUACAAGUUUUAUAAUUUCAGAAAAGCAUAAUUUUCCUUAUGUAUUGGGACUUAAACUUUAUGAAAAAAUAAUAAAUCGACCAGUAGUAAUGAGUUAA